AUGAAGAUUCACAUAUUGUUUUUUUUUCUCUGCAAAAAUUUGCUGGCUUAUGUGUUAAAGCAGGGUAUGUCCGGAGAGGGCAUACUAAAUAGAAGUAGCUUCAAAACGGUUUUGCAUAAUAGAAGUAACUCACUCCUGGCACACACCAACAAGAAUUUCAGGAAAUUGGGGAGAGACAGAGCGCAAAGGAGAGCCCUCCUUAGAGCCCUAACCACCAGUCUGCUCAGACACGGCAAAAUUGUAACAACCGAGGCCAAGGCCAAGGAGGCCCGAAGGAAGGUGGACAGGAUAAUAACCUUUGCAAAGAAGCAUGACGAUAACAGGCAGUACGCGUACCGGUUAAUUGCUAACUACGUCUACGACAGGGAAUUGGCUCUCAACAUUGCCCCAGUCCGAUACAAAGAACGGAACGGAGGAUACACAAGAAUAAAGCUAUUGCCGAAGAGCCGAAAAGGAGAUGCGGCAAGGAUGGCCACGUUGGAACUUGUGUAG